GUUUUGAGAGGCUCACUCACUUCCAAUAACAAACCUCAACAAUAUUUAACAUGACUUAAUUCCUCCUACUAGUCUAUUUAUAAUAAAUAUCCCUAACAAACCUCUAGCUAUAACACGACUCAAUCCCAAAUUCUCAAAAUAACCCGACUCGAACCCAACCUAUGACCCGAAGUGACACCUUGUAGUAGUCACCCAUUUGCCCCAAAUUCCUUAACUAGCAAUAACCAUCUUUAUAACACCAAACAACGGUAAAAGCUCCUAGAAUGCAAUCAAAGAAAAGAAAAACUCCGGCAAAUCUUCCGAUGGAUUCUUCGCCGGAGACUUUGCCGGCGAUCACCUCUCUCUCUCCUCCCGUUGUCUCCUUCCUCAACUCCACAUUCCCUCCGACACACAACCUCAAUCUCUCCGAAUCAACUAACCUGGUCACCGAGUUGGACACUCACUGCUCUGAGUUGACUCACCAUCUCACCGAUCUUACUCGCCGCCUCGACGCUAGUCUUCUCUCUUACGCUUCUUCUUCUCACCGAAUUUCCGACGCUUUUCAUCAUGUUCAUCGUCAGCUUCAAGAUCUCAAAUCCAAAUCCUCCUCUUUUGCUUCUGCUUCAGAUGGAGAAGCGGAGGAUAUGGCGGUAGAUGAACUACCAGCAUUGGCAAAAGAAGUUGCGAGAGUAGCGACGGUGCGAAAUUAUGCUGAGACAGCAUUGAAGCUUGAUAGCCUGGUUGGUGACAUUGAAGAUGCAGUCACUUCUGUGAUGAACAGAAAUCUGAAGAAACAGUCUACUAGACAGCAUUCAGAGGAAAUACGUGUUAAUGCAAUCAAUUCCCUUAAAUCAGUAGAUGAUAUUUUAGCUUCAGUGACAAGGGAACAUCCUCAAUGGGUCCGAAUUGUGUCAGCUGCUGAUCAUAGAGUUGAUCGCGCCUUGGCUAUUUUGAGACCCCAGGCCAUUGCUGAUUACCGUGCCCUACUUGUUUCGAUUGGCUGGCCACCACCUCUUUCCACAUUGAGCUCUUCAAAUACUGAAAGAAGAACUGUUGAAGAGUCAAAUCCUCUCUCAGCAAUGCCUGGAGAGCUUAAACAGAAGUAUUGUGAAAAUUUUCUUGCCUUAUGCAGCCUACAGGAGCUACAGCGGAAAAGGAAGUCACGGCAACUUGAGGGGUAUAACCAUAAUACUUCUAUGUACCAGCCACUCUGGGGUAUUGAAGAACUUGUGAAUCCUCUCUCCCUUGCAUCGCUUCAUCAUUUCCAAAAGUGGGUAGAUAAGCCUGAAUAUAUUUUUGCUCUUGUCUACAAGAAUACAAGGGAUUAUAUUGAUUCAGUGGACGGAUUGUUGCAACCCUUGGUGGAUGAAGCAAUGUUGACAGGAUACAGUUGCAGAGAGGAAUGGAUUUCAGGUAUGGUGACCUCCCUGUCAACUUACUUGGCAAAGGAAAUAUUCCCUGCGUAUGUUUCUCGUUUGGAUGAGGAGACUACAGUAGAGGUUAGGCCUCAGGGAAGAAUGUCUUGGCUUCAUCUGGUUGAUUUGAUGAUAGCAUUUGAUAAAAAGAUUCAAGCUCUUGCUGCCCUCUCUGGGAUCUUCGACUCUGAGGAAUACAGUCUCUUGCAAAGGAUGUCUUCUCUCUCCGUCUUCUGUGAUCGGCCAGACUGGCUUGAUUUAUGGGCACAAAUAGAACUGGACAAUAUACUAGAGAAACUGAAACCUGAGAUGGAAGAUGAGAGAAAUUGGACAACAAAAACUCGAGGAGCAGUUCUUUUUCCUGGGUCUGAUGUUUAUAAAUCUCCUGUAGCUUCAUCCGUAGUUCUCCAACAUGUAUCAUCAGUCAUUGACCGCUGUAGAUCAAUACCUUCUGUGUUUUUGAGAUCUCGAUUCGUAAGACUUGUGGGUGCUCCAAUAAUCCAGACCUUCCUGAAUUGCUUGCUUACCAAAUGCCAAGAAGCGGAAGGGCUCACAGCUUUGGCAGAUGAUGAUGCUGUGGCCAGAGUUAUGACAGCAGUUAAUUCUGCUCACCAUCUCGAGUCUAUCUUAGUCGAAUGGUGUGAUGAUAUUAUCUUUGUUGAAAUGGGACUUGCAGAUGACAAUGAAUCAGGAAAUGGUUUUGGAGAGAGUAGCCUUUCCACUGGUGUCACUGAGGGAAAUGAAAAUGGGGUUUUAGAUGAGGAAAUCACGAGACUAGAGGAGUUUAGAAAAGAAUGGAUUGAUAAGAUGACUAAUGUUGUUUUACGAGGAUUUGAUGCUCAGAUUCGAGAUUAUAUAAAGAAUAAGAAGCAGUGGCAAGAAAUGAUUGAAGAAGGCUGGACGGUAACAAGAUCUUUUGUAGUAGCUCUUGAUUUUUUGCAGGGGAAGAUUUCUAGGUUGGAAGAAGGUCUAAACAACAUGGACUUUAUUACAGUAUGGAGAAGUUUAGCGAGUGGAAUAGAUCGCUUGAUAUUUAAUGGUAUUCUUAUGAGCAACACAAAGUUCUAUAGCGGGGGUGUUGAGAGGUUUGGAGGUGACAUGGAUGUUUUAUAUGGCGUAUUCAGAAGUUGGUGUUUGAGACCUGAAGGUUUCUUUCCCCGUGUAAGUGAAGGCCUCAAGUUGCUGAAACUAGAAGAAAAUACCCUUCAAGAACUGUUUAUUCAAGGAGAGGGCUGGAUGAAACAUCAUGGAAUUAGACAUAUGAGCAUAGCCGAGGCGGAAAAAAUAGCGAGGUGUAGAAUCUUCAAGUAGUAAAAUUUAGGGCAAGAUAAACCCCUACCCUCCCCGCUUUAAAGAUAUGAGUGAUGUUAUAGGAAUAUAGUGAUGUACAUCAUGGAGUUUUUUCUAAUAAACUAACCCAAUUUGUUUUUAAUACAAGUGGCAAUAAUCCAAUUUUUUGUCUCAUCAGAUGUAUUGAUAUAUUGUGAAUAAUAUAGCAAGUUUUUGUCUGUAAGAUUUUGAUAUUGAAUCAUGUAAGAUUUUGCAAGGGACUGUAAGAGUUUGGUAUUGAA